GUUUGUAGUCGAAAGAGUUACAAUACCUCCGGGUAUUUUGGAGUUGAGUUUCAAGCUUCUGAUUGGUAUCCAAGGGCUGGUUUAGUGACAUGAGCAACACGUACAAAGGUGGAGCCCGCCUCACGGAAAUGUACAACGAUGAGACAAAGACACCGAAACUUUAAGGACGAGACUCUGCCGAAGUCGACAUCGGGCCACCCAAAGACAGCGAUCGGGUCCCUGUUUGAGCGGACAUCCUGAUUUUAAAGCACCUGUUUUCUUGGAGACCUAGAUGGCAGAUUCAACUCUUACCACACUUUUUAUCAGACGCUUGGAAUGUGCUGUGAAGCUUCCUAUGGAUAUAUAAUGCUGCCUGGGAAAAAUGCUUUAAAAUGUCAAUGAGAACCUUUCGGCUGUGUGGGCCAAUGGGAGUAUGGCUAAAUCACCAAUGUCGAUAAUAAUGUUCUUACAUCAUCUUUUAUAUGUUUUAGGUCAGCUGCCCACACCACCACGGAAUGUGAACUUAACUUCUGUAAACUUUAGGUAUUUUGUGACAUGGGAACCGGGAACUGGGUCACCCCCAGGCGCAAGGUACACAGUUGCAACCUGCAAUUUAAGCAGCGGUACUGGGAUAUUCAUCCCAGUGAAAAAAUGCAUCAAUAUUUCGACUCUGUCAUGUGACCUAUCACAGACUUUUAAGACUUUUAGUGAUCUUUACUGGGUCCAGGUUAUGAGUAUCACCAGCACUUCCAAAUCUAAGUGGGUGGAAUCGAACGAACUUCUGCCAUUGCGUGACACCAUCUUGGGUCCCCCGAUUAUCAAUGUGACAAGCAAUAAUCAGACCAUUGAAGUUACUCUUGACAUGCCUCUGACUCCACACAAGGAUAAUAAUAAGCCAAAGAAAGUGAACAAUAUUGAUCAGUCAUUGAUUUACAUUGUUACCUUACUCGACAAAGACAACAAAGAAUAUGCGUUUGACAAAGUAGCACCUGAUGAGUCGGGGAAAGGAUAUUAUCAGUUUGAAAAUCUAAAACCCAAGUUUACAUACUGUGUUGUAGCAAAGUUUGGGUCGACAGCAAAUCAUCACACUAAGGAUUCAAGAAAAAUCUGCGCAACUAUGUUGCCCAAAAAUGCAGACAUGAUGUGGAUAGCACCUUUGACGGCAGUGCUAGUUUUCAUUGCAGGGACAAUUAUCUGUAUUGUUGUGAUUUGGAUCCUGAAAGAAUUUGCUCACCUGCUUUUGACACAGUCACAACUUCCCAAAUCCUUGGUCAUUAUUUCUGAGGAUCUACAUGUGAACCUACAUUGCAACGAGAUGGGCGAGAAUCUAGAAGGUGAUCACAUCUCAUUCCUUACACAAGAUGAUCGCUCAAAUGAUUAUCAGUUGAAAUUUCAGAGCUCAUAUCUUGCCAGCAAAGUACAGCACACCUCACAUAACUGUGUAACUGACGCAGAUGAAAGCACUUUCUACCAAAGUAAUGGUUUGAGUAUCAAAGGCUAUGAGCAUAACAGCCUCAUGAAAGAAACAGACAUCUGCAUGUAUAGGGGUAUCGGGGGUCCUCUGCCCUACAGACAAUCAUCUAUUGAAAAUAGAGACAGUGAAAGCCCCUCUCAGCAGAAUAGUCCUGCAAUCCCAGUCUCCUAUAAUUUACAGCACCAACAGCUUUCAAGUUUAAAAGAUACCGAAGAAACAAGAAGCAGCAACGUUGAUGAAAAUAAUCCAAUGCUAAAGAAUUUGCUACACGGUCUUGAUACUUGGCAGAAAAUUCAAGUAGAGACCACAAGCGCAGAGUUUUGGAAAUGGGAAGAUGUUCCUCUGAGUUCAGUAAAACUUUCCUUUAAUGAUAACUCCGAACGUGGCAAUCCUGAAGUCAGUACAUGUGGGGAUGAAACGCCUGAUUUGUUAAGCAUUGAUGACUUGUGUUCCCAAUUUACUUGUCACUUGACAGCAGCUACUGAUCGGUCUCUAAAUAGCAACCAGGAAUACCGAGCACAAUCGAUAAAACUACCUCAAGUUAUAAAUGAUUAUGAAUUUCAGAACAUGCUUCAAAAGCCAAUCUUUCAUAUCUCUGAAAUAAAAACAGAAAACGCUGGAAAACUCAGCAGGCCUGACAGCAUCUGUGAAGUGAGAAACAGAGUUAAUAUUUCAAGUCCAUAUGACUCCUCUUCAGAGCUUUUUUCAUAUCUCUGAGCCUGGAAGUAUGCAGUUCUCUGAGUAUAGACUGAAAAUUGGUUUAAGGUGUAUCAAUGAGCUAAAGCUUGGGCUCAUUUUGAAACCAGAAAGGUUUCAAACCAGAAUGUCUUGACUGUUGAAAUUGGAGGAAAUAUUCAAUUUUGUUCCUAGUUUCUGAUAAAAAAAAUUUUGUUUUUCUAAAGUGAUAUUCUGGACGUGUUCUGGAAGAAAUAGUUUAGACAUAUCAUUAGCAGUAUAAAAGGUAUAUGUCACUUUUUUAAAUGCAGUUUUCCAAUCUUAUUGGUGCCAAAAUUUGUACAAAAGUGUGACUUUUUUUUAAGCUUUUUCAACGGAGUGACCUUGAUUCAUGUGUGGGUCUUGACAGGAGGUGUCAGCUAUUUGACAAGCAUGGGUAUCGCAGCAAGCCUGAUCUGCACCUCCAAGUUCCACGUCAGCAUAGUAUCAAUAGCGGAUAGAUAGCCGAAGUUGAAACCAUGUUCCGUUCUCUUACCCAAGGGGUAUUGAGGGGAGCUAGAAUGUCCUUUCCACACUGACCCUCACUGAGAUCAGUUAAAUUCAAAAUAACUUUGCCUGGGACUAGAUUAUGGAAUCCAAUCUUGAUGGCUCAGAUAUGCACUGGUUAAUGUCAGAGGAAGGCCAGUUACUAUCAGAAGACUAAGAAUUUAAAAGAUUUUAAAAGAUUAUCAGAAGACUAAGAUGAUUGUCUCUUUUCAUAUUAAUAGUAAAUUAUAGUGUUUUUUUAAAUUUAUUCAUUCAUGGGAUGUGGGCAAUUAUUGCUGAUACCUAAAUGCCCUUGAGAAGGUGAUGGUGAGCUGCUCCCUUAACCUGUUGCAGUCCAUG